AUGAUGUAUAUGGCACAAUUCCUACUGGUGAUCUCGCUGAUUAUAAUUAAUAUGAAUUAUAAUCUGUCUUUGAAUUGCUACUCAUGCUUACUAUGUCCAGAACCUUUCGAUCCUUCAUCACGACUGGUACACAAUGAUAGUAAUUGUCAAUGGUGUGCAAAACUUGAAGUUCCACAUUAUUUUAAUCCAAUCAGACAAUGUACACCUAAAUGUGACUUUGAAUAUUUCAGUGAAACAUACCCUAAACUUACUUAUUAUUGUUGUCAAAAUAAUUAUUGUAAUAAAAUUAAUAUACAUUGCAGUCUGUCUUUAAGCUGCUAUGAAUGCAAUCCUUGUCCAGUUCCAUUCAGCAAUUCUUCAGUGAGAAUAGGACAUAAUUGUAGAUGGUGUGCGACGCUCUCGGUAAAACACUACCCAACUCCAAUCAGAGAAUGUGCACCUGAGUGCAGCUUUGCGUAUUGGGGUCCAACAUACAAAUCAUUGUCUUAUGAUUGUUGUCAAACUGACUAUUGUAAUAAGAGUGUACAGACACGUAUAGUUCAUCAUAUGUUGACUGUGAUAGUCAUAACAUUCAGUUGUUUAUUCAGAGUUAAGAUGCAGUGA